GUACGUACGUAAAUGUACAUGUGUACGUCCGUCCGCCCGCCGUACGCGUACCGUGUUCGCAACAAGCAUACAUGUACACAUUUGUAUGUCAAGUUAAGUUGCCGCGUGUCGUGUACGUGGACUGCUGAUUGUCAAGAUGGCGGUGAAGAGUAGAAAACCCAAAAAGCAGACGACAACGUUCAUGGAUACAAGAAGUGAUCGUCCGUCUGCGAAGUCUAAAUCCACAUCAGCGCGGGAAAACGAUCACAGAAAUGGCAGCCUUUCUGCACACCUUAAAUCGUUGCCAAAAAGUGUAGUGUUCGGUGCUGUGGUAAUGGCUUCGGUUUUUGGAAUACUUCACAGCAUACACAUAUCGAGCAUGUUUGAGAAUGAUCGCUUCUUCUCACAUCUGUCAGACCUAGAGCGAGAGAUGACAUUCCGAACCGAAAUGGGUCUAUAUUACUCAUACUACAAGGCCAUGGUGAAUUCGCCAUCCUUCCUGUCUGGUCUGCAAGAGAUUAUGAACGAUAACAUUACAGAGUACCCCAGCACCAUCAACGUCUUGAAGAGGUUCAACUUGUACCCUGAGGUUGCCCUUGCUGCAGGCUAUAGGCUGUAUGAUGGAAUCACCAAGAAGCUUGGCAUAGUGACCAGACAGUGCUACACAGUCAACAGGGGCAGGGGGCUGAGCUCUGUACUCAACUGUGAAGGCAUGGGCGACAUUGCUGUCUUCUAUGUGAACGCCAUCUUUGCUGAGAACGGGUUGCUCUUGAGCACCAUGUUCCUCCUGGCCUCCUAUCUCUCAGGGAGCUUGUUAGGAGGCAUCGUCACUGUGGCCGCAUUCUUCUAUAAUCAUGGCGAGUGUACAAGAGUACAGUGGACACCGCCGCUGCGAGAGAGCAUGGCCUAUCCCGUAUUUGUACUGCAGAUGUUUCUAGUUACACAUACUCUGAGACACCGGCAGCCAGGCUGGACACACAGUCUCCUCAUUGCUGUGGCCACGACAGGCUUCAUGUUGCCGUGGCAAUUUGCACAGUUCGCUCUCAUGACGCAGACUCUGGCUGUAUGUGCCUCCUACAUCUUGGGUUAUACCAGUCAUCGCAAACUCAGAUGUGUGGUCCAAGGACAAAGUCUGGGGCUGGUAGCAAGUUACAUUCUCCUCUUUGGCAAUGAAAUGCUGCUGACAUCCUUUUUUGCGUCCUGCCUUAUUGCUGUGUGGGGGAUGCUGUUGAUAGCCCCACUGUGGAAGCACAAGUCCCCACAUCCUCUUGUUACCAUUGGUAUGGAAGGAGCAGGACUUCUUGUGUUAAUGCUUAGCUGUAAGGUGUUGCUGUCUCGAUUACUUAGCAUCCAAGAUGAUGCACACAUAGGCAAUCUGUUCCGCUCCAAGUUUUCCAACUACAGGGAUUUCCACACUAUGUUAUACACCUGUGCAGCCGAGUUUGACUUCAUGGAAACCCAGACUCCUGUGCGAUACCUGAAGACACUUCUCCUGCCAACCUCCGUCUUUGCCUUCGUUGGAACUGUGGUGUAUCUCGUUAGACAGGAGAUCGUCAGAAGGACUGGACUCUCCAAAUCAGGACAAGGCAAUGGGAAAACAAGUAACACACAUGAGCAGGAGACAUCCAACAGUGAAAAUGGAGACAAGCCACACGCAGAGCUGGUAUACCACCUGUUCCAGUUGAUGGCAUUCACUGUCAUGGCAAUCAUCAUCAUGAGGCUCAAGCUGUUCCUGACCCCUCACCUGUGCCUUAUUUCAAGCCUGCUGGCAUCAAGACAGAUAUUUGGCUGGCUGGGUGACAGGAUGAGACACGCUAUCGUCCUGACCCUGCUUCUGUCCCUGAUGUCCAUAGCGGGGGUGGCCAACCUUCAGCACCAAUGGAGUAUAAGGGGGGACUUCAGCAACGCGCCCCAGGAGGAGAUGCUGGAAUGGGUCAAGGCCAACACCCCACAAAAUGCUGUGUUUGCUGGUCCCAUGCCCACCAUGGCCUCCAUCAAGUUGUCCACCCUGAGACCCAUAGUGAACCAUCCACACUAUGAGGAUGCUGGCUUGAGAGCUCGUACAAAGGUCGUGUAUGGGAUGUACAGUAGGAAGCCUGCGCAGGAGGUGUACGGAGGCAUCAGAGCCCUGAAAGCAGACUUUGUUGUGCUGGAGCACUCCUGGUGUGUGCGGAGAUCUGGCCCUGGAUGCAGCCUGCCCGAAAUCUGGGACAUUGAGGACCAGGAGAAUGCUGGCGAGGAACCACUCUGCCUGAAGCUUCAUCGAAACGCCGCCCCUUACUUCAGGGAGGUCUACCGCAAUGACGUCUACACCAUUCUGAAGCUCUGACACGUUUAAGAGACGGUGUCAAGCUUUUACGACUGUGAAUACUUGUUCUUGCCGUUAUUGAAAAGUUAUGCAUGUCGUUGAUGUUACGGACUGCGUUUUGUUUUUAUUGCUUUAAAAUGGCCGGCAGGGUUUUAGUAAGAUUUUAUGUGUAGGCUGGAAAUUUGGAUUUUGCCUUGCAUCGACAAAGGCUCUUGCUAUGAGUCUAUAAGACUGAAGUCUCAUCUGAUUGGAAAUAUGGGAGAUGGAGUCUGAGAAAGUCAGUUUGAGUAUUGAGUCAUGAUCGCAAAUUGUGGAGUGCAGGCAAUGGGUCACUGACCAACUAACAGAGAAGAAAAAAUGUUUCGCUGUUUUUAUGCUUGCUGUGUGUGAAUACACCUUGGUAAUGUUGUGAUGUAAAUAACUUGUCUCACAUCACAGCAGUUAACAUGAAGCCGGUUUGGCAUUUCAGUGAUACACGGUUAUUUGAGAUAAAAAAAAAAGAUACCUGGUGUUACACCAGCCAGAACACCCAUACCUGUUUUACAUUCAAAGUGAGGACAUUCCUUUGUUCUCCUGUGGUUAAGAAAACUUGAGGACAAUGCUCUUUUUUCUCUAAUUAGGAUAACUCCUUCGAGCUGGAUUUUUUACGAUGAUUUCCUGGACUGUUCCUCUUCAUUUUGCCACAGAUAACCUU